CAGCAGCAUCCGACGUCUAUCUUGAAUUCGCGUGACGUCUUUUCUCAUUCACCCGGCAAUUGAGCGCACAAUGGCUUCACGAGUGGUGUUCUCAAGGCGCUCUCUGGCGCCUUUGGCGACUAUGGCCCUUGGUGGCCUGGCACUGACUCCGGCCACUGUUUUCGCUGAAGGACCUAGCGACCUCAAGCGAAAACCCAUUUACGAUGACUUCGAGAUCCCAGCUUCAAAGCCCGCACCCGUGACGCCACCACCCGCUGCCACGACGCCCGUCGCUGAGCCCGUUGAAGAGGAGGAGAGGCAAUAUUCGCCUACCCCUACGGACCGAUUGGCUGUCUAUGUCGGAAGGGGGCGCCUGUCUCUGUACAAGUACGCUGUCGCUGCCGAGAACAAGAUCAACGAGACCAUGGAUUCGGCUUUCAACCUCGAGCAGUCCUUUACCAGCACCAUCGCUUCGCUGGCUCCCUCUCGCGAAAGCGGCGAGCAGCUCAUGCCCGGCGCUAUCUACGUCUUGGUUGCUGCCAUGGCCGGUAGCAUCAUCACCCGCAAUCGCAGCAUCAUCCUCCGUGCCUCGCUCCCUCUCGCCAUGGGUAUCGGUGCUGGCUGGACCGUUAUCCCCGUCACCAUGCGCAACGUGUCCGACCUUACUUGGAAGUAUGAGCAAAGAUUCCCCGUCGUUGCCCAGUCUCACAUCCGACUGCGGGAGAGCAUUCUCAACAGCGCCAGCUUUGCCAAGGCGCAUUCACAAGUUGGUGUCAAAUAUGUCGAUGAGAAGGUAACAGACGCGAGAGAGGCUGUUGAGGGCUGGGUUCAGAAGGGCAAAUAAAGGGCUUAAAAAAAGCGAGCUGAGAAGAGAUGUACUAUCACAUAGAGUUCCGAACACUGUUCAUUUGUAUCAAUAGCCGGUCCCGCUUAGAGCCGGCUACCGGAGCGCUGUAUGUAUUUUGAAUAAGCGGGUUUCUGGUGUAUAUACCACACCAUUGCUUGCUAUUUAUUGUUGACUCCAGCCCUUCAUACAAUAUGGCAGUGCCAUGAGAGCUUGUGUAUGUGUAUGGUAGGAACCCACUACAACUUCCCAUACCGCUGCUGUAGGACAGUCUUGCGCGAUUUCAGGGCUACCAGGUCAAGUAAAACUUUAGCUUAGUAGGCAGGCUUCUGGGUACGAUGGACCAUUGAUGAGCAAUGUCCUGUAAAUUGGUAUCUAUUAAGAAACAUAACAAUUCUUCAAAUAACCAGGUACGUUCGGUGCCAAGGAUAUGCUCAUCGCUUGGUCAUGAAACCUGGACAUCCUAGCCAGCCAAUUUAGUUGAUCGCUGUCCUUGAUCUUCUUCCUCUAGCCAUCUUUAUGCUUCAACCUCAGAAGCUUAACAAUAAAAGUAAAACAAUCGGCUUUCAAACAAAGCUAUAAAACUGCUUUAUUAAUCACCAGAAUAAGUUGAUUGAUAAGGUAGCCUUAUGGCCUUGUUUGAAACCCUAUUAUUUUGCUUCUAUUGUUAGGCUUCCAGGGUAGCACUGGUAGGAGCAUCUCUUUCGUUUUUUAACUUAAAAAGAAUGACUUGCCAGCGAAUGCUUUAACCUCAAGGCUCUAUAUCCACCAAGUCUCAACCCUGAACUCCGUAAAUGCGUUCUAUGUUUUGUAGUCGAACCAUACGCCGUCUAUCGCUCACUCUUCUCCUUAAUCGAUAUUCAGUCAUCCCCUAAAGAGUUGCUGCGACUGGUGUAGGCUCAGAGGCCUUGACCUGUUUCGUGGGUCUGCUAUCAGACAUCUUCCUCUUGCGCUUCUGUUCCUUUCCUUGUUCUGAUUUGGGUGACUGUGCGUUGGCAGCAGCCAAUGCCUUAGCUGCCGCCUUCUUUGCGGCCUUUCCCUGUAGAGGUUGACCGAGGCCACGCCUUUUGUCAACGGCAAUGGCGGCUUCAAGAUAAUCGUCGAGACAUAGCGCUUCGCAAAUACUCUUGUAGGUCUUGGACUGGUUGACAGGUUGGUAAAACUUUGAUUUUCCGGGAAUCAUGUUUGAGAGGAGAAACUUUGUGUUGCCGAAGCGAUUGUCGACUUCAAUAGAAGUCUUGACGUAUUGUUUGACAACUUCUUCCCAAGGUGCCACACCACCAUUGGCCUUGCUCCUGAAGCAACUCGGGUUCUUCUCGGCAGCGACUGCAAUCAUUGCACCAUCUGCCCCAAACUCUUCAGCGAGCUGAAGACCGUGGUCCCUCCCCUCAACAUCUCCAUUCACCAAACAGGCGACACCAAACUCAUGGCAGACUUCUGCGAUCAUCCGGAGCUGUCCACGGAUGGCUCGUUCUCUGGGUCGCAUGGGUGUCGUACGGCAAUGGAUGGUCAGUCCUGUGAUACCGGUGGCGCAAAGACGACGGACGAGAGCCUCUGUUUCCGCAGCAGUGUCGAGAAGCCUGAUCUUGACACUGAUUCCGAUCUCAAAUUCAGGGGUAAUGUUCUUCACGAGAGCCUCAAGAAUGGCGCAGAGCUUGUCGGGAGUCUGGAGAAGGGCAGCGCCCAUGCCUCCGCUCGUGCUGAAAGGUUUCGGGCAGCCAGCAUUGACAUCGAUGCCGGCAACAUCUGCAGCUACCAGCCUGGCUGCUUCCACCGCGCGAUCAGGGUCUGCGGUGCCGAUCUGAAAGAUGAGUUUGUCCUUUUCAAGUUCAGGGUGCAAUCUGUAAAUAAUGCUCUCCUUGGCAUCAGGAGGUGGAUCUUUCUGCCCAUGAGAAGAAGUACGGAACCACUCUAGUGUCUUAGACUCUUCAUCGAAGCGUCGAGAGGUUCCAAUCAUGGAAUAAUCAACAGUCUCUGGUCCUAUUACAUACUGUUAGUGGCUGUUUUCGUAGAGAUCUCGCUGGGCUUUGCGACUUACCCCAGAC